AUGGACACAUACAAAGACCUCUCGCCAUCAAACCGGCCUGCCAAGUGGAUAUGGAACCUUUGGAUAUAUGGCCUCUGGUCCAUUGUCCUGGUCUGUACUGCAACUCUGGACUUUCACACCAUAUACGACAUAUACCGUGUCCUUCCUCUUGGUCUGGCUUGGGGAAUCCCUUGCGUCCCGUUGUACUCGUUAUCCAAAGGAUGGAUUCUAAGCAAGCCCAAAACUCUACUCUUUGAAGCAAAGUCUUUGGUAGUCGCAUUCUGUAUGGCAAGUGUUUGUGCCGAAGCCAGUAUGGCUUAUUGCUGCCGGCAGAAGGAGUACCAAUGUGCGAGCAGAGAUUUACGAGCAAGAAGCUUCUAUCUCGCUGUCUUGUACCAAUUCUUCCGUGAGACAUCAUGCGACAUCAGAGACAUUCCGGAAGAUACCAAAGAAGGCCUAAAAACACUGCCUGUCAAGCUCGGCAAGCAGAACACUGUAUUACUCUUGGCUACGGUUGGCGUUGUAGUCGAAUCAAUUCUCACUCAUGGCAUCGACAUAACAACCACAGGAAUUAUCGUCAAAGCUCCAAUGAUUGCCCGUGCAUUCCUACGAGUCGGGUUGACGAUGGUGGCAUAUUGGCAAGUGUUAAGGUACCCAAGGCAGAAUUCGUGGGCUUGGGGAUCUAUGUCGCUACUGGGGUUGACACCGGUGCUUUUUGCACAAGCUGCUCUUCGCGACUGA